AUGCCGGAGAAUACGUGCGAGAGGUUAGAGGGGAAGACGUGGAAGAAAUACAUAUUAUGGGCAUUUCUUGGUCUAAUCGGUCUGGUUGCGUUCGUUGUCUUAUUGAUAUGGGCCAUACUUCACCCGCACGCCCAGCAUUUUGUCCUAAGAGACGUUACCGUUUACGACUUCAACAUCUCACUGCCAAAUUAUGUCACUUCAAAUAUCCAAGUCAGUCUCUCUUCUAAAAACCCAAACGAUAGGAUCGGAAUUUUCUACCCCCACGUUAACGUCUACGCCUCAUACCGCAACCAAGAGGUGACAAUGAGGAGUCUAAUGCCGAUAACGUAUCAAGGACAUGAUGAGGAGUCGGCGUGGUCGCCGGUUCUGAAAGGCUUCGGCGUGCCGGUGGAGCCUUACCUGUCUGAAUCAUUGUACCAAGACCUAAACAACGGGGCGUUGCUUCUAGACAUCAAGGUCGACGGUUGCGUAAAGUUUAUUGUGGGCUCGUGGGUAUCUGCAUGUUAUCGGCUCCGUGUCGACUGUCCAGCCUUCCUUACAUCCUUCGGCCACUUCGAUAGCCCCGAAAUCUCUAGUCUCGAUCGCAGCCGGAGAAAAAUGUCGAGCGCUUCGUCGUCUUCCUCGACUUCUGCUCGGGAAUUCGAACUUGAGAAGGAGAUAAAGAGGCAGGAGGUUUCGAUUGAUGAACUGAGCAGUCUCUCUUCUUCUCGAAGUGUCUACCAGAAAACUGGGAACCUCUUCUUCCUCACUACAUCGGAGAAAGCGAAAACCAAUGCGCAGAAACAACUAGACUUCGCAAAAUCUGAAAUCGACAAGAUUCGAUCGCAGGCUUAA